CAUUUUACAGUAUGCCAGCGAUUUAUGCAGUGCCUACAAUCGCCGAAGCCUGCGAGAACGACGCAAAUUCAACUGGCUCUAUUGUAGGGUGAUGGGUGACGUAAAGUUCCUACGUAAAUGGCGCAGUGGUGAUUCGGUUUUUGAUCCGCAGCUGCGGAAUAUGGAAUGGGAAUAGAAACGACGUAUCUUUUCAGGGGUAAAAAUUGGUCUGACGGCUGGUAUUACAACAUCCAAUUUAUCGGGACCCGCUACUCCAGUAGCCCGAUUGUGAUCGGGAGUUGUCCGGUUGGUUGUCACAUAUGAUACACACAAUAUAAAAACAUUGUGUAGCGAUUUAUUUAUUCAACUUCACUGUAUGUCAGUGAGAAACAUUGUAUGGAUGAACCUCCCGGCACUCCUACAUGGCGUGAAGAGACAUCGGUCAGCGGAUAUCCUACAUAUCGACGACGUGUUGCAAUUUAUCAAAUAAUCAAGACCUUGAAUACCAAGGCAGAGUAAAUGGAGCGCGUUUCUGCACGGUUUUGACUCUAGGUUACGGUAUGAUCCAGCUGCGAAUCUUAUCCGAUUGCCUGGCCCGGAUUCCUGUGGAACAUUUCACUUGAAGUACAGUGGCUGGAUUCAUAGGGAGGUACGUGUGUGUUCUGCCAGCCACGGUUCAGCGCAAUAUUGUCGCUGCGGUAUUUUACAGGGUUUAUCCCUGGCAGAGCACUGGUCCAGGUCCGCGUUGAGGUGAGCUCGAGGUGGACAAGAGUAGGAUGGGAGAACGAACAGAACCGAUGCAGUGGGUCUUGGCAAGGCAUCGUCACAAUACAGGGCAGUGAUGCCUGGUAUGGUGAUGUUUCGGCGGCGCUGGUCAGUUGGCAGUGAUGACCUAGUGCUGCCCGCCCUCUUCCUCUUUCUACUGCACUGCAUCUGGCUGGUGGUUCUGUCUGUGGUUCUGUUCGGCCUGCCCUAUGGCUCGGACCAGUCCUGCUCGGUCACCCUGGUGGACCAUGGCCGGGGGUACCUGGGCAUCUUGGUCAGCUGCCUGAUCUGUGAGAGCGCCAUCAUAUGGCUGAGUAUGAGAGGCAGCAUCCUCUACACACAGCCUAGAGAAGCUGUGCAAUAUGUCAUCUACAUACGACUAGCCAUCUUGUUGGUGGAGUUGGUAUAUGCAGUGGUGGGGAUCGCCUGGCUUUUCCAAUACUACCAACCGUGCUCUGAUGUCACUGCCAAGAACCUUGCUUUGGGGAUUGUAGUGUGCAAUUGGCUGGUGAUUUUCAGCGUGUGCUUCACCCUCAUGUGUACCUUUGACCCCACGGGACGCACUUUUGUCAAACUGAAAGCCACCCGGCGACGCCAACGCAACCUCACCACCUACACCCUCAGGUUGGUACCCUCUGCCCUACACACUACCAUCUCUACAGAGUAUACCACCUGCACCCUCAGACACCGGUUAGAGGAGGGCCAAGCCAGCAGCUGGAGCAGGAGACUGAAGUUCUUCAUGUGCUGCACCCGAGCCCAGGACACACAGUCUGAUGCGUAUUCCGAGGUGGCCAGCCUGUUUGCAGAGUUCUUCAGAGAUCUGGACAUUGUGCCUAGUGACAUCAUAGCUGGCCUGGUGCUGCUUCGCCAGAGACAGAGGUCUAACAGAGGUGCCAUCCUGGACCAGGCCAACAAUGACAUUUUAGCCUUCUUAUCUGGAAUGCCUGUAACUCGCAACACCAAAUACCUGGACCUUAAGAACUCGACGGAGAUGGGCAUGUACAAGGAGGUGUGUUACUACAUGCUGUUUGCCCUGGCAGCGUAUGGCUGGCCCAUGUACCUGAUAAGGAAGCCUGCGUGUGGGCUGUGCCGCCUGGCCAGCUCCUGCCACUGUACAUCAGGGUCUGGCUCUAGGCUGUCCCAGACAGUGACAGUGGAGGAGGAUAACUGUUGUGGCUGUAACGUCCUGGCUAUCCGCCGCCACUUCCUGGACAGAGAGCUGAAGCAGGUCCACGUUGUCUACACAUCCUGGCACGACGCAGUUUAUGAGACACCUUUCUUUGUGGCUGUGGAUCAUGGGAAAAAGAAAGUUGUCAUCAGCAUUCGAGGAACCCUGUCCCCCAAAGAUGCCCUGACGGAUCUCACAGGGGACUCUGAGCGUCUGCCAGUGGAGGAGCAGCAUGGAAACUGGCUGGGCCACAAGGGGAUGGUUUACUCAGCAGAGUACAUUAAGAAGAAACUAGAGCAGGAAAUGAUCUUGUCACAAGCCUUUGGAAGAGAUUUGGGUAAGGGAACCAUGCACUACGGGCUGGUGAUAGUGGGACACUCCCUUGGUGCCGGUACUGCAGCCAUCCUGUCCUUCCUGCUCCGCCCCCAGUACCCCACACUGCAGUGCUACUCCUACUCUCCACCAGGUGGCCUUCUGAGUGAGGAUGCCAUGGAGUACUCCAAAGAGUUUGUCACUUCUGUCGUUUUGGGAAAGGACCUUGUCCCAAGGAUUGGUCUCUCUCAGUUGGAGGGGUUUCGGCGCCACCUGCUGGAAGUCUUACAGAAGAGCGACAAGCCCAAGUGGAGGAUCAUUGCAGGGGGCACUAAGUGCAUUCCUAAGUCCGAGCUGCCUGUGGACGACGGCCCUCAGCCCCAUGCAGCCCCCGUGCCCCCCAGCACCCGUCUCUGGCUGCAUCCCAGUGAUCUCAGCAUCGCCCUGUCAGCCUCCACCCCACUCUACCCCCCAGGCAAGGUCAUCCACGUGGUCCACAACCACCCCUCAGAGACAUGCUGUGGACAGGAGGAGCCCACCUACUCAGCUCUCUGGGGGGAUAACAAGUCUUUCAACGAGGUCAUCAUCUCCCCUGCCAUGCUAAAUGAGCACAUGCCUCACAUGGUGAUGGAGGGACUCAACAAGGUGCUGGAGAACUAUAACAAAGGGAAGACAGCCCUGCUGUCGGCUGCUAAGGUAAUGGUGAGCCCAACCGAGGUGGACCUGAACCCAGAGACCAUCUUCAUGGCAGCCGCCCAACAACCCACCCCAACCACCCAACACCGCAGGAACAGCAGUGUUCGUUCCUGUGCUCGCUCUGAGAUAUCACUGGAUGGCUUUGCGGAGUGCCCCCCUCCCCCAGUGCCAGUGGUUCUGCGGGGGGCCAGGGAGCGCCUUACCGUGGAGCUGAGGGACCGCCACGCCCCCCUGGCUGUGAUGGAGAGCCUGUCAGACGCCGAGUCCCUCUACAGCCUGGACUCCCGACGCUCCUCAGCUGCACUCAGGGGCUCGCCCAUGCUGGGGUGCCUUCCCUUCCAACUGAAUGCACCUAUCCCUGAGGAGAACCCCUCUCUCAGCUCCCGCACUGAGCUGCUGGCUGCCGACUGCCUCUACCAGGCCACCCCAGAGCACGAGCUGGGAGAGGCAGGACCUUACUUCACUCCUCUGGGAUCUGGCUCCACCCCAGACUACCCAAUGCGGCUCUCCCCUUCCACCCCGCGCUAUAGUGGCCACCACUCCCCAGCACCACUGGCCCAGAGUGUCAUAGGUCAGCCUUUCACACAACAAGAGCCUUGUGCUGCCCCUUGCCAUCAAAUGCCUGGCAUUUACAGCCCAGGCAGCACCCCUACUGCUCCCCUCAGCCCACGGAUCAGCCAUGAGGAGGAGGAGGGAGUAGAGGUAGAAGGAUGGGAAACAGAGACAGGAGAGUCACAGCCCUCCUCCUCCACUCCUCCAGCCCAGCUGUCCAACGGCAACCCUAGUCAGGCAGUGCUGGAGUUUGCACAGUACCUGGACUCUCUCUUUAGGCUGGAUGGCAGUGGCUCACCACCUCUGGAGUUGUCUGACGGGGAGUCUGAGUCUGGUCGGGGGUCGUAUGGUCAGGGAGAGGGGCCCGUGGAAGGACCGAGGGGGGACGAUACACAGCUUCUGGCUCGGGCCACAAUGGAGCCUAACCUAGUCCCCAAGCCCCCGCGUACCUUUGCAGGAUCUGCUGACCCUUCCUCUGGCAUCUCCCUCUCACCCUCAUUCCCCCUCUCUUCCUCUGGUGAGCUCAAUGACCUCUCUCCCGCCGACGGAGCACCUCCUCCCACUCACUCACUACGAACCUCCACUCCCUGUCCCUACCCUGAAGAAAACACACUGGCAUCUAUGGUAUAGUGGCCCACUCAGUCCCUCCAUGACUCUUUCUCUCUCCUCUUUCCUUAUUCCGUUGCUGCAUCUAUCUGAUGUUAAAGUAUCACUGAGCAUGCAUGCGAUGGAAUGCAAUCUGCCCUGCUGUUACAGCACCUUACAAAGACAUGACAUGGCAGACCAUAAUGAAUAAGACUGAGAUGAAAAACUAUUGUUCCAUUUUCAGGUGUCAAAAGCUGUGUAAAGCAUUUUCACUACUAUUGUAAUAAUACAUUUUAAUUUCUGUCUGCAUGCCAGGGGCCUGUUCUGCUUUGGAGUGAAUAGCCUCACCACUGACUGUCAUUCCAACACACACUAUCUCACAUCAACACAUGGUAGCAUACAGCCCUGCAGUGACGUGACUUUAUCAAAUGGGAGACAACUGAACAGGGACAGGGAGGAGUUAGACACUAGGUGGGGUUUUCAUUGGCACAUAAUCACAAUUAACCCUCCUCGUUCAUCAGCUCCUGAAGCUUAUUCAUCUUUAAUAUCAGGAAAGUAAAAAAAAAACCGGAGACAGAUGCUGAACAAUAGAGAGGAGACAUUUUGUUUCUCAGGUCUAUCAGGAAAUGACAGUGUGGAAGAGAAGGAGUGUAGGUCGUAGAGAAUUGAUGUGUCUUAAAACAGUGAUUGUGACAAAUGUUAAGAAUGUGGUUUUGGUCUUUGGUUGUCUUUUAUAGCAUGAGGAACGUAGUAUCCAUUUUAUUUAACAGAAAUCACUCGUCAGUCAGUAACUUUUACUAACAUACGGACCAUCUCACACACAUCAAAAUGCACAAUUUGCCCCCUUUUUGCCCCAAAAAUGUAUUGCCAAAUGUAUUUAUAAGAUGUGAUAUUGUUUAUGUUUGUGAAAUACUGUAAAAUGUACACUUUGACAAAACAAAGAUACAGGUUUCAAGUUUAACUCCGAGAGGGAGAAGAUAUAUUUUGGUAUCGCUCCCUUUUAAUAGUCAAUCAGUCUAUUCCCGUUCAAACUGUGUUAAAACGCCCUGGAGAGGAUGAGGAAGCUAUCCCAACACCACUGCCAUGGCACAUAUCUCCCAAAACAUGUCUCUCUCUAAGUGUUUCUACCAAGCCAAUUAUGCUAUUUAAAAAAAACAUGAGAUGCACUGUAGGAGAUUGUUCCUCUUAGUGGUCUUGCUGAGGUACACAAUUAUGUCAAUGACUUCUAUGUCUUUGGUUCCCUUUAAACUGGUUCAUCUCAAGCAUAUUGAGGUUGAACUGUACGGGUUGUAGUGCCCACUUUCACUACAUUUUACAAACUUUCAUAUCAGUUGUAUUGGUUGGAUCAAACAUACUACAUUAUUUAUUACUGUUGUUUCUUACUAUUAUUGAUGUUAUUAUUAUCCUUAUUAUUACUCUUGUAACAGUUUGGUUUGCGUUCUAUGAGUUUGGCGUUCAGUUGCUGGGAAAGGCUGGUGAAUUUCAGUAGGCUCUCUCAAAAUAAGGCAAUAUCUCUGUCCAAGUGAAAAAGUACUGGGUGUCAACAUCACAGGAGGUUGGUGGCACCUUAAUUGGGGAGGACGAGCUCUUGGUAAUAGCUGGAGCGGAAUUAUCGGAAUGGUAUCAAAAACAUGGUUUCUAUGUGUUUGAUUUCCAUUCGCUCUGUUCCAGCCAUUAUUAUAAGCCUUUCACCACUCAGCAGCCUCCACUAGCUGCCAUGGUGAUGGCAGAAAGACAGAUUCUAUAAUAGGAAGUGGGGUCAUUACAGUGACCUAUGAUACAAUACAUCCAUUAUGAAGGGGUCACUGUGGUGACCUAUAGAAGCUGUACUCUUAGAAUUGGCUUUGCUGUGGUGUCACUCAACAGGCCUCACUCUGUGGCCAGAUUACAGUUUGACACUACCCAAAUCCAUGCUCUCACAGCAGUCUCUACUUUGCCAGCACAGUGUUGAACAACCAGUGUGAAAUAGCUUUGCUGCAGUGGGUCACGGCCCUGUGUAGGCUAUAUCAGCACCACCAUAGGAAGAUGCCACAUUCCCUUUUCACCAUGACAUGUACAGCAGUGUCUUAUUUGUCCUUAUUUAUAUGCAGAUGUCUUGUUUCCUGUCUUUGUAAAAAAUAAAUAAAUAAAAAAGAUUAAAUGAAAAUAGAAUAACGUAGAAAAUGACUGUAUUACGAUAACAGGUAUAUUACAAAUCUAUAUCAAUAUUGACAUAUAUAGAAAAAGUACAAUUGUAUGGAGAAGAAAAAUGAAUAUAUUUAGUGAGAACGAUCUAUAUGACAGAUUAUUGGCUGAAUUGAACAAAAUUCAUAACUGAUUUAGAAAUUGGUCUGUGUUGACAGAUAAAUAAUUCAAUGAUGUCUUGUCCAUGUUUACCUGGUUUGCUACCCUUUCCUUCCUGUCCCAGAUUGAGAAUGUAUUUAACCCCUGCCACCCCUCACUGCCCUGCCUGUAAUGGAAUAAAGCAAAACCAAUUUUAAA